CGCGCGCGCAGGAGGGGGCGGGCGGCGCGCGCGCGCGCGGAGAAGUUGCGUGCGGGACGCGGCGGAGCUCGGCCCUGCUCGCUCCGACACCGGAGCGAACCGAGCCUGUCGGGGCCGCCCGGGGACAGCAGGGGAGCGGCCCCCGUCGCGACCCGCCCGGCCGGGGCCGCCGGGCUUCGAGCGAAGUUAAACUACGCAGAAGUGCGAGCAGUGUGGUAUGAUACCAUGGAAGGGCAGCACAACCAUCCGCAUCAUCUAGGGGACCAGAACAACCCUCUCUGCAAGCUGCCGGGGCAGGACUAUCAGCAUGAUCCUCAGAGACAUUUAACAUCGUACCCGUAUCGCUGCACACUGGCAGAUUUUCAGAUAGAGAAAAAGAUUGGGCGAGGACAAUUCAGCGAAGUUUACAAAGCAACUUGUCUUCUGGACAGAAAACCUGUGGCGUUAAAGAAAGUUCAGAUUUUCGAAAUGAUGGAUGCCAAGGCCAGGCAAGAUUGCAUUAAAGAAAUUGAUCUCUUGAAGCAACUGAACCACCCCAAUAUAAUUAAGUAUUUGGAUUCUUUUAUCGAAGACAACGAACUCAACAUUGUCCUGGAGCUGGCUGACGCUGGCGACCUCUCUCAGAUGAUUAAGUAUUUUAAAAAGCAGAAACGGUUAAUCCCGGAAAGGACGGUGUGGAAAUAUUUUGUGCAGUUAUGCAGUGCAGUUGAACACAUGCACUCCCGCAGGGUGAUGCACAGAGACAUAAAACCAGCCAACGUGUUUAUAACAGCCACAGGAGUGGUGAAGCUGGGAGAUCUCGGAUUAGGCCGUUUUUUCAGUUCUAAAACCACUGCAGCACAUUCCUUAGUGGGAACUCCAUACUAUAUGUCCCCAGAAAGAAUACAUGAAAACGGCUAUAACUUUAAGUCCGAUAUCUGGUCUCUGGGCUGUUUAUUGUACGAGAUGGCAGCUCUUCAGAGUCCUUUCUACGGAGAUAAAAUGAACCUGUUUUCUCUUUGCCAAAAAAUAGAGCAAUGCGACUACCCACCUCUGCCAGCUGAACAUUACUCUGAAAAGCUGCGGGAGCUGGUCAGUAUGUGCAUCUACCCGGAUCCAGACCAGAGACCUGACAUCAGUUACGUGCACCAAAUAGCCAAACAAAUGCACGUGUGGACCUCGAGCACAUGAGCCGCCCGGGCCGCAGCACAGCUCAGUCUUACUUGAAUUGUUCUCGGAUGAAGCGACUGGGGCCGAGUCGCCCCAGCUUUGAGAGGGUUGAGCACUCGUAGCAGGAUGCGCCAUUCUUUCUGCAGGUUAUUUGACACGAACUCUUACCGGGUGGUCAUGCUUUAAAGUGAAGAUUCUGUCAGGUAUUGCAAGUGAUUAUUUUUUUUAAGGCCAAUAACAUGUUACAGCGUAGAUCAUUUAAGGGUCCUUUCUUAAAACUGUCGUGUGUAAUCUAGGCUAGAUUGUAUUAACAGGGGUGACGGAUGUUUGCCGCACCCCUCCUAUCGUAACUGUAAUGUGAAAUAUUGAAAUAAUUCCUUCGGUGAAAUCACUUUAUCCUAAUGUAAGAGUUACAGUAGAUUUUGUGUAAUUUGUAUAACUGCUACUUUGCCUCUUCUGCAAAUGGUUAAUAGCAAAUUGAGUUUUUACUUCAUGUAUUUUAAAGCAGCCAUUUAUGUGUUUGUAUUAAUUCCCUCCUCUUCGGACGUAGGAAUGGGGCAGGGCUGGGGGGUGGGAAAAACGUUUGUUUCAAGAUUUCUUUUUUUUUUUUUAAGACUUUAGAGUUGAGUAUUUUGAUGCAUUUAUCUGGUAACUUGGCUACAGCCACCAGGAGGAGUUAAGCCAGAACCCGGGGGAAAGGAGAAAACCAUGCCAAACGAACCCCAAACCAGCAUCGCCUCUGCAAGCAAUUUCCCUUUGAAGUUGUUUCCCCUCUGGCGUGGUUGUUGGACUCCAGGUUCUCGUUGGGCCGGGUUCUCUGGCCUAAGCCAGGGAGAUUGUGGGGAAGGCUCUUCUCCACGUUCAGCAGUACCUCAGGAACUGUAGGUAACGCUGAGGCACAGCAGGCUCUAAACACCCUGACAAGUUAAGAAGCCACUAGUAAAGCGCUUUGUGGGUCUCGCUGUCCCCCAGGCUCGGCUCCGCCUGUCUAACUGUGAAUGCUCACUUACAAGAAUGUGAAUUUCUAGAAAAUCUCAGCCUGAAGGAGUCAUCCUCUGUAACGACACGGAAACGUCCAACCAGCUCAGUCCAUUCAUUGAAUCAAUGAUUUGUUUCGUUACUGUCGAUGAGAACCAGUCACUGCUUUAGGAACAAACGUGGAUUCACGUUCAAGUGUUUCCAUUUCACGUGCCCGUUGGAGGAACGGGGCUGCACCUACCCAGGGCCGGCGCUGCUGCAGCACGGCCUCCCUGGGCGACGGCGCUGGUGCCAAACGCAGCCCCGAGCGACAGCUCUAACGCAGCCUGGGCAUGGGUUGUUCUAGGAGAAGCUUGCAGUCCUUAAGGUUUGGAAAGUAGGAAUAGGGCUAGAGGGUUACAUAACAUAUAUAUGCUUUUAGUGGAUUUUCUUUAACCUGAUUUGCUGUACUUAAAGGAAAACUGCAGUGCCCCUUCCACUACUUCCCAUCAACUUUCAAUUUACGGAGGACAGCAAACAGAAGCCAUUAAUUGCUGUGAAUUAUGUUGGCAUCAUUAAUGCAUGGUGCUGUUUUACCAAGUCCUCACAGCAGAAAGUUGAGCCGCUGCUCUCCUGAGAGACUGGAGGAAAUUCAAAUCAGUGUGAGAAAGGAGCAGAAGCACCAAACCGCUUCCACUGUUCCCAUGCUGAACUUGUCUAAUUUAUACCUGGCUUCUGGAGCACUGCUGGGAUGCGAGCCUGACGCCUGUCCCUUCUCCACUGCAGCUUUCCUUUAAGCCGCAGUGGCAGCUGUGUGGGCAGAGGGAGGGCUGUGCUGCGCCUCUUGGGAAACAUGGAAAAGGAGCUCCGGCUCCCAGGGAUGCUCAGCUUCGCUUUGAGUGUCUUGGGGAGCUCGGUCACUUUCUUUCUACAUAGGAUUUGUUAGUGCUUAUCAGUAAAUGUAUUUCAGAAGGUAACUUUUUUUUGCAAUUGUGCAUUUUUAGAUAAAUGAUUUACAAAAUAAACACCUUUGUUUAAAAAAAAAAAAAUACAAAA